AUGGCGCCACGCCGACGAAAAGUAGCACAAGAUACGCCAGCAGAUAUUAAGGAUUCCAGCUCAGCCGAAUCCAAAGUCAGCAUGGCAGCCUCGGACCACCAAGACGCGCCUAACUCAGGAGGUUGGAGCACGCAGGCACAGUGGCUCUUCUUUGCAAUUGCAAGCGGAAUAUGCGCUGCCUGCAAUGGCGCUUUUGCUAAACUCACUACGACACAGCUUACAAGCACACUAUCCAAAUCAAUAGCGUCUUUUCUCAAUUUAUCUGAGUAUGAGCUCUAUGUCGAAUAUCUAGUUCGAGCAGGCUUCUUUACUCUAAACCUCGUCUUCAACGGUGUGAUGUGGACACUCUUUACAACCGCUCUCGCACGAGGUACCUCCGCCACCCAGGUUUCCAUCAUCAAUACAUCAACCAACUUUAUCAUUACCGCCAUGCUGGGAAUGCUCAUCUUUUCGGAAAAGUUACCUUCUCUGUGGUGGGCUGGUGCGUCGUUACUUAUUGUUGGCAACGUAAUUGCCGGCCGAAAGAAUGAUGGUGAAGAAGCCCCCGCGAAUGAAGCUUCAUAUGGCACUAUUCCUACAGAUGAUGUUGACGCCGAUGCCGAUGGUGGUGAUGCCGAAGAGGAAGAUGAGGACUUGGUUGAUCUUAGCAAUGAGGCUGAGCUUUAA